UGUGUGUGUGUGUGUGUGUGUGUGUGUGUGUAUGUGUGUGUGUCUGUGUGUGUGGGUGUGUGUGUGUGUGUGUGAGUGUGUGUGUAUGAGUGUCUGUGUGUGUGUGUGAGUGUGUUUCCAGAUGUUGGCCCGUGACCUUCCCUCCGCUCCGUGUUUUUCUGACAUACAUUCAAACCUACAGGACUCUUUAUUUCUCUGAUGUUGUUUUAUUUCUUCGUAACUUCGAAUUCAUUUACAUAAAACUACGUCCACACGAAAAAUUAAAAAUCACUUUUCACACAAAUUUCCAGUUCACGUUUUCUUCAUCCCCACGAACGUGAACACCCAAACAUUAACGUGUUCUCACUCUGAGCCUGAGCAGCAGCGCCCCCUGCAGCCUGACCUGAUCAUCACAGCCUCUCCUGAUCAUCACAGCGCCCCCUGCAGCCUGACCUGAUCAUCACAGCCUGACCUGAUCAUCACAGCGCCCCCUGCAGCCUCUCCUGAUCAUCACAGCGCCCCCUGCAGCCUCUCCUGAUCAUUACUCCCGUCCAAGUGUUUCCACGCGUCUGACCUGUAUAUUUCCCAUGAUGCUCGGCUGCUGUCGCUCUAACAAACCCACAGAACUCUGUUUAUGAUUCUUCGUAUGUUAACAGUUUCCUGAUGAAUAUCGACGAUGGUUUCAACCUCCGACUGUUCUUCGUCGGUGCAGCAUCAUCGACUGUGAUCAGAUGAAGGUGGAGGGGUCACAGGGGUCACAGGGGUCACAAACGCAGACGCAGACGGACAGGGAGUCUGGCCCAGCGGUCCGGUCCAGUGGCGGCGGCGGCAGUAUGGCGGCAUCCGAGCGCUGCAUGUCACGGCUGCUGAGCGCGGUGGAGAGCGAGCUUCAGGCGGGACGGGAGAAGGGCGACCCGACGGAGCGCGAGCUGAAGGUGGCGCUGGAGGACGCCGAGCUGUGGAGGAAGUUUCAACACAUCACCAACGAGAUGAUCGUCACCAAGACCGGACGCCGUAUGUUCCCGGUGCUGAAGGUCAGCGUCUCGGGCCUCGAUCCCAGCUCCAUGUACUCCCUCCUGCUCGACUUCGUCCCCGCCGACGACUGUCGCUGGAAGUUCGUCAAUGGGGAGUGGGCGGCGGCCGGCCGGGCGGAGGGGGGCGGGGGCGGCGAGGGGCGGGGCCCUGGAGGGAUCUACAUCCAUCCGGACUCGCCCAACUUCGGCGCUCACUGGAUGAAGGCGGCUGUGACCUUCAACAAGGUCAAACUCACCAACAAGGUCAACGGAGCAGGACAGAUCAUGUUGAAUUCUCUCCAUAAGUACGAGCCUCAGCUUCACAUUGUGUGCGUCGGUUCUCACCAUCGUCUGGUCUCUAACGUUUCCUUCAAAGAAACUCAGUUCAUCGCUGUCACCGCCUACCAGAACGAAGAGAUCACCGCUCUGAAGAUCAGAUACAACCCGUUUGCUAAAGCUUUCCUCGACGCCAAAGAGAGGAACCCGGGGGGGCGGUGUUUACCGGAGUCGUCGGAGACUCGUCUGUCGGGGAUUCAACCCUGCUGGUCGCUUUGCUCAGCAGGAGGAGGCGGAGCUUUCCCUUACAGCAGCAGCCUCCCGCUGACAUCACAUCAUCACCAUAGUUACAAACACCACGGUUACCCUGGGCGACAAACACCUUACCCCACCGGCUACCUGCCCCACCGCUCACACCCCGCAGGUGUCCAGGUGUUAGACGGCUGCAGCAGCUCCUCAUCUCGCCUGGCUUCCUCCUCCUCCUCCUCUUCCACCUCCUCCUUUUCCGCCUCCUCGUCCCUCCCCCUGAUGAGCAGUGCUCCUUCAUCACAGCCUCCCCCUCACAACUCCAGUCAGUUUCCUUGUCUUUGGACGGUUGGAUGCAGCGAGCUAAGCCCCUCCCACUCGCCGUGCAACGCUCUCCACGGACCAAUAAGCAGUGAAAGUCUCAUGCAGCCUCCCAAUCAUGGCCGAGUAGGUGGCAGUGGGUGGGCACCUGGCCCCGCCCAUUCCUUCUGAAGAGGGACGUGAUUGAUCAUUCACGCUAACUGGAAGGCGACUGUUUACCAAUGGCUGCUAGCUACGACUGCUAAUUAAUAUUUAUGAUGAGUUUAAACUGGAGGCUAACAACCGCUGGAGGCUAACAACUGCUCUGCUGCUACUGAUUAGCAUUGGUGGCUAAUUGCAGGUUCUGGUAACCAUUAGCGGCUAUGUUGCUAUAUGCCUUUGGUUUGCCAUGAUAAUCAGUAGCCUCCUAGUGGUUAUUUGUAGGUACUGGCCGUUAGCUUCUCUAGGUAGCUAACAAUAAUAACAGUUGGCUAUUGCAUAUACUGGUAACCAUUAGCAUUUUCAUGAUAGUACUGAUGGUCAUUUCUACAAAAUGGUGGCUACUGGAGGCGACUUCUAACCUCUGGUGGCCAAUUAUACAUUCAAGCUAAUCGCUACUUCACAACUAAAACUCUUGAUUGAUAUUUUUACGUAUAUAUGACGACCUGUGGUGAAGAACAGUUGGUUACUCACAGUAACAACCUUAUAUUUAUACACUGGUAGCUACAUGUCGCUACAUAUACCUGUUGGUAAUUCUAUAUCAAAUCCACGACUACUGGUGAUACAUUAGCGCUAAUGGUUACUGGUACUAUGGAUUUCUAAUGACUGGUGUUGGCAGCUACUGCUAACGACUGCUGGCUGUGUUUGGAUACUUAUACCUGAAUGUUAAUAGCAUUUAAUGGCUAACAGUGGUUAUUUAUAGCAUGUAAAUAUCCAGUCAAUUCUUCAUAAAAUGAUGCCGUAGAAAAGUAUUGAAUGAUUAACGCUCCGACCGCAGUCCUGUUGCUUGCACACGUUCAUGUUGGUGGUGUGGUGCCCCACUGGUGUCGUCCUGAGGGAGGUGUUAAUGUCUGUACAGUCCAUCAGACUAGUCUGAAGAAAAGUCAAUGUGUAAUUGACCAAAAAAAUGAAACAUAUCUCACGUCAUUUCGUCGGUUAUUUGUUGCUUUUUGUUGAUGUUUCUCUGCUUCUGAUUCUUUCUGAAAUAAAAUAUUAAACAAGUGAAUUCAAAUCAAAUGUAUGUUUCGCACCUGCUGCUUGUGGAAACUGAAAUCUUCUUCUUCUUCUUCUUCUUCGUCCUUGUCGUUGUUUGUUGUGUGAGACAGACGCACUGUCAAUAAAGGUAUA